AUGUCGUCUGCGCGAGCCUACGAUUUUAUGGCCCUGCGCCGCCAGUGGGCCGCCAUUGAAGAAGACACCCGCACUCCCGCCGCGGUCGCCGCCAGCCGUGGCCCUACCGACGCACCCUCAGCUCCUCCUCGUGGCCAGCCGCACCAUCAACAACAAACUGAAGACAAGAACGAAGGAGAAGAAGAGAAGAAGACGAAAAUAACGACCGUUGAUGAAAAAAGGCGAACAGAAAAGGCGGCAGAUGAGGCAGAGGCGCAAAUCGUCAACGAUGAUCUCGCCAGCGGGGAAGACGAGGACCCGGCCAGCCUGGGAGGCAUCAGAGGUGGAGGCUAUGGCGCGCCCGAGCAGUGGAUCGCAGAAGAUGAGGAAAUCCAGAAUCCGAGUAGCGGCAAGAUGGAGCAAGAUGAUGAUGACGAUGGCGCCUGCGCGGCACGGGGCGGUGGCUAUGGGGCCGUAGAGGGAGCGGCACCAGACGAUGCAGUCGACGACAGGUGGAGCAGCGUGUACGAGGCCUCCGACGUGUUCAUCGCUUCCCUCCAGCAGUCGGCGACCCUCUACAAACAGAAGAAGAAGAAGGAGCAGGCAAAGGGCGGUGUAAGUGAAGGCGAGGGCGAAGGCGAGGGUGAGGAGGUGAUGGAGUGGUUCGCGAAGUACUACCAGCCGGGCGAAGGCUCCAGCAGCAGCGCCUACGAGGACGACGACCAGGUGCACGCGACCAUCACCAACAAUAAGAAGAGGAGCAGGAGGACCAAGGGCAAGAAGAAGAAGAAGGUCGCCACGAAGAAAGAGCAGGAGCAAAAGGGCGAGA